GGGAGAGGAGUUACCGCCGGGACCCGCCCGGGGGCUGCUUAGUCUGGAGACGCACUGGCAGAGGCCGUAGACGGGAUUGUUCUCUUGGAGGGGAAGCAAGAUAAAAGGGUUAGCCAUGGCGUCUCUGAUCAGAAAGGUGAUCAGCACUGCGAAAGCUCCAGGGGCCAUUGGUCCUUACAGUCAGGCUGUGUUAGUCGACAGGACCAUUUACAUUUCGGGACAGCUAGGCAUGGACCCUUCAAGUGGACAGCUUGUGCCAGGAGGGGUGGCAGAAGAAGCCAAACAAGCUCUUACAAACAUGGGUGAAAUUCUGAAAGCUGCGGGCUGUGACUUCAAUAAUGUGGUAAAAACAACUGUUUUGCUGGCUGACAUAAAUGACUUCAACACUGUCAAUGAAGUCUACAAACAGUAUUUCAAGAGUAGUUUUCCUGCAAGAGCUGCUUACCAGGUUGCUGCUUUGCCCAAAGAAAUUUUUUAAAGGAAGAAGAAGAAAUCAUCUCUUCUUUCCAGGAUCUUAAAGACUAAAAGGAAAUACCUAAUAUUAUAUGCGUGGCGGAGGUGAGAGGACUAAGAAACUUAAGAAAUUUUAAAAAUUUGUCUUUAAAAAAAUCAAGAAAAUUAAGGGAUCCCUGGGUGGCUCAGCAGUUUAGCGCCUGCCUUUGGCCCAGGGCAUGAUCCUGGAGUCCUGGGAUCGAGUCCCACAUCGGGCUCCCUGCAUGGAGCCUGCUUCUCCCUCUGCCUGCUUCUCCCUCUGCCUGCUUCUCCUUCUGCCUGCUUCUCCUUCUGCCUGCUUCUCCCUCUGCCUGUGUCUAUGCCUCUCUCUCUUUCUCUCUCUCUCUGUGUCUAUCAUGAAUAAAUAAAUAAAAUCUUUUAAAAAAAUUAAAAUUAGAAAUCAAGACCACACAUGAACACAACAGAAUCAGAGGGACUUAAAUUGUAAGAAAAAGUAAAAUAGCUCGAUUGUUUUCACAUACUUAGAGACUAUACAUUGAGCCAGGGUAGUGAGCUCUGUAAUAAAAAAUAUCAGGUGUGUAAUGAAAUAUCCAGCCCUUCCAUUAGGAAAAUAAUCUCAAAACCAAUGGCCACAUAUUUUCUCACCAUUGUUAUUGUGGUAUUCGAAUCUGAUUAGAAGCUCCUAGCAGCCCAAUAUUCCUGCCUAUAAAAAAGCAGCCUACUGACUUCCACUUGUAAUCAUCCUCUAAAGAAAAUUUAUCGUCUCUCAGUGGUAUGCUUAUUGUUUUAAUCAGUUGUUACUUGGAAUGGUCAGUAUCCUCAAACUUAACUAAGGUAUCGGGUGCAGUAAAGGAGCUCUGAACUUGGAAUUGCAAGAAAUGAGCUUGAACCUCUGCCAUUUAUCAUCGUGUCCUGGGACAGGUUAAAAUAACCUCUCCAAGCUUCCAUGAAUGGUUCUCGGGAUCGAGGAGAGAACACUGUCUAAUGGAGCUGCUGGGAGAAUCCUGUGAGCUAAUGCACAUGAACACGUCUGGCUUGGGAGCCUGGCCUGUCAUGGGUUCUCAGUGAAUGCUUCCCUAUCCUUCCCUUCUUUGAAAAAUUUAAUGUUAACAAUGCUGUGUUGCAAUCAGUUAUGUGUAUUUUUAGUAAGUAUUAUAGAGCUCUCUUAAUCCAUAAAAAAUUACCUAACCGUUGCUUGAUUAUGGUCC